AAAUAAAUCGAAGCAAUGGUCAUCAACGGACAACAGGCUGCCGCCUGUUACGGCGGGCUUGGGACCUACGUCUUCAAGGGAGAAAAUCGGGUCAACGAUUUGGAAUGCCACGCAAACGGGCUCAGGGAAAGACUCGACAGGCUGGAAGCGAUGCUUCCGAACGCGCUGAUCGAAGCAAACGGCGCCAUCCAGAGGGGAGAACGACCUCCGGAUUAUUUGCAACUCUCGAGGGCCGAGGAAGCCGGAAGUCGAGAUGUGCAGAGUUGCGAUUGCGGGGAGGCACGAGUCCUCGAGGACGAGCCCCCGGUUUGCAUGCUGCGGGUUUUGGCGCGUAAGGAGAAACGUCUUCGUAAGAAAAUCUACGAGAUGGAGGUGAAGGAGGAGCGUUACAAGAAGGCCUUGGCCGAGGCCGGCCGGAUAUUCAGCGCCGGCGAGACGGACGGUCCGGAUGACGCGGAAAUUCCGUGCGCCGAAAACUCGAGUCUCGACGAAUUUUGCAAAAAAUGUUGCGGCUACAACGAAAGAGUGGCGAAACUGAAUCUCCCUGAGGAUCCCGAGGCCUGGAAAACCCUUGCCGGACAGUUCAAGGCCGCCUACAAGAAAGCCGAGAAGGAGGGACUUCCUCCGGGCGUGAGGGAGCCCGUUCGGAUAACGGCUGAAAAAAUACAGGCCAUGAGCAAUUUCAGCCCCGAAUCUUGUCCCUGCGGUCAGCCGGUGAAGUGCAACAGUUGCGUGAUUUGCUCCUGCGCGGAAUGGGAGCGCGAUUUGGAAUUGGGAGGCGGGGACGAGCCGCCCGAAGACAGUUCUUCCGACGGCCGGGAAUCUCGAAAAGUAGUCGGAAAAUCGGGAUCCGGGGGUCGAGAGGGGUGCCGAUGCGGCUGCAACGAGACGUCGUCCGAAUCCGAUUGCCCCUGCGGUUGCCCUUCCAGCGCGACGGCGAGUUCGGAACGCUCGUCGACCGUCACGGACACCACGCUACCGUCGUUCGAGAGCGACGAGUCCGGCGGCAGCAACGACCUUGAGAAGGGCGGGGAAGAUACCACCCCGGACAUUCCCCGCGUCGUCGAACACCCGGAGACGACGUCCGCCGCGAACGAGGGGGCGGAAAAAACGUGCGCGGUCUGUCCGUGCGUCUGCACGACGUGCGGCACCGCGACGGAAAACGGAGGACGGGACCCAGAGGCCGCUGACGAUGGAGAUUUGGACAACGUCCCCGACGUCGCGGAAUGCUCUUGUCCGGAUUUGUCGGAAGUGCCGCCGGAGAUACGAAAGGUCUGCCGGAUCGAGCGUCUCCGCGAGGGCGUCGAGGGUCUGAAGAACCGCAACCACUUCCUUCGGGAGCUCCUGAAGAGCCGCGGUUGCAGUCCGAGCCUCGUCGACGAUUCCCGGCUGUCCUCCGAGUCGCGCGACGAGGGCGUCCGCGUCCAGGGAACCGCCAGCGGCCUCCUGUGCACCGUGGCACUUCUGCAGAGCAAAUGUCGCACGAAGGACGAUAUGAUCCUGGCGCUGGCGGACGAGCUGAGGAAGGACGCCACGCCCGAGCGGACCGAGCGUAUCCUGGAGCGGCUGGCCUGGCCGUCGCCCGCGGCGCGCGGCGUCAGCGACUUCGACCGCUCCGAGCUGUGGAAUUACCUCAGAAAAUCGUCGAACGGCGUUGCGCCAGGCUCCGAUGACCCCGAAAAGGACGAAUCCGGCCGCCCCCACGACGCGUGUCCUUGUCCGAGGACCCCCAGGAUUCCGGAUCCUCCGAGGGAGUUUAAGGUGCGGAGGCGCGUCUCGGGCGACGGUUUGAUCCUCUCGUGGCUUCCUCCGCUGGAGGGACCAGUUUCCGGCUACGAGGUAACCGAUAAAAAGAAAAAGGCAAAAAUAAAAACGAUCGAAGACUCGAACGAAUCGUCGCUUCCGUCCCCGCAGGUCCUGGCGGAAGGCGAAACGGUCGCCAGGAUUCGAAGGCCGAUGCGAACGGAAACCUUCGUCGGGGGUCUCGACCUGGGGCGGCUGGUUCUACUCGAGGUGCGGACCGUCGCUCGAAACGGACUGCGCUCGAAAACUGCCGAAAAACUUUUCAACCCCGCGCGCUUCGGGGUUUGAUUUAUAUCCUGAUGAUGUGUAUAUGAAGCGAAACUGCGGAGUCCUUAUCGCCACCGGAACUGCCCGAAAUAUGUGUAAAAACGUUGAACGUGCUCACGCUGUCGUUGAAUAAAUUCGAAAGAAGCGAAAUUUGAGAAU